GCACAAUAUAUCGACCACUAUAACUUAUCGGCUGUAUAAUUAUUUGUUUAUUUGUUAUUCACGAAUUGCAAUAAAAAACCGCAAAAAUGGGUAAACGACAGCAUCAAAAAGAUAAAAUGUACUUAACGUACACCGAAUGGAGCGAGUUCUACGGUGGCAAGAAAGUGGAAUCCUUGGAGAAUGAGCACAUAAAAUUUAAACGUUUGCCAUUUGCAAAUUGCUGCAUAACUAUGGCUCCAUUUGAGAUGCCCUAUAGUGAUCUCAACGGUAACGUCUUUGAGUAUGAGGCGAUACUGACCUUUCUGAAAAAGUUCAAAGUGAAUCCCAUUACUGGGCAGAAAAUGGACUCAAAAUCCUUGAUAAAGCUGCACUUCCACAAGAAUGCCAAUGACGAAUACCAUUGCCCAGCACUGUUCAAGCCAUUCAGCAAAAACUCGCAUAUUGUAGCUGUCGGCACCACGGGCAACGUUUACUGUUGGGAGGCCAUCGAGCAGCUGAACAUCAAGACUAAGAACUGGAAGGAUUUAAUUGAUGACACACCAUUUCUUCGGAAGGACAUCAUUACCAUACAAGAUCCACAACAUUUGGAAAAGUACGAUAUAUCCAAGUUCUAUUAUAUACGUAAAAACAUGCGCGUUUUAACCGAGGAAGAGCAACUGGAACGAAAAGAUCCCUUAAAUCGCAUCAAGACAAUGAAUCUGGAAACGAAAGAGACCCUGGCACAACUUCAGAAAGACUAUCAACCAGCCGAGGAGAUACCAUCCGGCUCUAAGCGGACAGCCGACAAAUUUAAUGCAGCUCAUUACUCUACGGGUGCAGUGUCUGCCAGCUUCACAUCGACUGCCAUGAUGCCCGUAUCUCAGAUCGAGGCAGCCAUUAUAGACGACGAUAUUGUCAAGUACGAGCGGGUCAAUAAGAAAGGCUACGUGCGCCUGAACACAAACUUCGGACCACUCAACCUGGAACUCUAUUGCGAGCAGACACCGCGCGCCUGCGAUAAUUUUAUCAAACACUGCGCAGAUGGUUAUUACAAUGGCGUAUUGUUUCACCGCUCCAUAAGGAACUUUAUUAUACAAGGAGGUGAUCCUACAGGCACCGGUGCCGGCGGUAAAUCGAUUUGGGGCAAGUCGUUUGAAGAUGAAUUUAAGCCAAAUCUGUCGCACACUGGACGUGGCGUACUCUCCAUGGCCAAUGCGGGACCAAAUACUAAUGGCUCACAAUUUUUCAUUACCUAUCGAUCGUGCAAGCAACUUGACGGUAAGCACACGAUCUUUGGUAAAUUAGUUGGAGGUCUUGAGACGCUCCAGAAGAUGGAACACAUUGAAGUGGACAAUAAAGACAGGCCAAUUGAGGACAUUAUAAUAGAGAAUACUCAGGUGUAUGUUAAUCCAUUCGAAGAAGCUGCCGAACAGUUGGCCAAAGAGCGCGCUGAUGAAGCCGCCAGUAAACAAGUGGCUGCCACAAAACUGGAGCAACAAAAGCGUUUAAACGAGCCCCUUAAAGUGUAUCGUGAGGGCGUCGGUAAAUACCUGAAACCGAGUGCGUCUAAAAAACCCGAGGCCCAAUCAACAGCAAAUCCCGCCAAAAAGAAGAAAAAUUCAAAUGGUUUUGGCGAUUUCUCUAGCUGGUAGCUGUUCCGCAAUAAACAAAUGUUUUUACUAAAUUAA